GAUGGAUAAACAGCGAUGUAUCAUCGAGUGAGAAGAAAAAUGAUACCUCUCAUCUGUGCCAUAUUAGUUCUAAGUCAAACAUCAACAGCUACACCAAAAAACAUACAGAGUACCGAAAGUACUUUAACAGAAGCAACAGUUAAUGAUAAUAACAUAGAAAACAAUAUUAUAGACUUCGAUGAACAAUAUUCAGUUAAGUUUAAUACAAAACAUGUACCUUAUAAAAGUUUUAAUAAAGAAUCUCAUAGAUAUACGAUUAUUAAAGAUGACAGACAUACGAAAGAAAACGUAAAAGAUAGCAAACAUAAUGAUAUUGAAGUUAAUGUUGUUGCUAAUGCUACAACUGAGAAUAUUGAUACCACAACAAAUGAUUAUAGCGUCAUUCCAUUAGAAUUAAUAAGUACAACCGAAAAUAAACUCUUAAGUAUAGUUGAGAGUACAACAGAGCCUGAUUAUUCUGUCAUACCAUUAUCAUCUACUGUGAAAGACUUGCCUCAUAUUGUAAUCAACCAAACCAUUAUAUUACCAACAUCUACUGAAAAUUCUGAAAUUGCUACUGAAGACUAUACUAUGAAUAAUAUUGAAACUACUACUGAUUUCACAAUUACUGAUUAUAAAUUGAAAAUCUAUAAUGGAUCUGUUAAUUCUGAAUCUUCUACUAUAGUACCGAUUACAACAGAAAUCAUUAAUACAACUGUACCACAGAAUGAUAUAUCAACCGAAGUCCUUAACACAAAUUCGACUAGAAAAAUUGAGACUUUAUUAGAAAGGGAUAUAGAUAGUUCAGAAGAAGAUAUAGAUCUACCAAUAUUUUCAGAAUUCGAUAUAGAAGAAGACAAAGAAGUUCCAGAAGAUUACUACGAUUCUAAAGAUGUGGUACCUACAACAGCACCUAAGACUGAUGCUCUAUCAGUAUUAAUGGGACUUGCUGGGAGUAUGGUGGAGAGUGUAGUGGAAAGUGUAGCAGAAAAAGUUGUACCUAAGAGCAUUUACGAUUUAUUUAAAAGAAUGCAGAGGCAGAACGAAGCUUUAGAAGCAGAGAGACUAAGAAGCCGUGAAGAAAAUGGAGGUUUAGGUCAGUUCACUCGCGGUAUCCUCAAGAGUAUUUCAACGGGGAUCAGCAGACCCCUCAGUCAACUGAUGGCUGGUGUUAGAGACUUCGGGUCUUUGGACAGCGACCGAGGGUUUGUCGUGGCGUCUGGAGUCAGCAGCGUGGCCAAUGUUGCGACUUCGGUUCUGGACGCUUUCAAGGAUAGGGUUCAAGCUAUAUAUCCAGGAACGGUAUGGUGUGGUGACGGUCACUCAGCUACCGCUCGCUCCAGCGACCUUGGGCUGUUCUUCUUCACGGACACCUGCUGCCGGCAGCACGACGCCUGCAAACUGUACAUAAAGGCUGGAGAAACCAAAUAUGGACUGACCAAUACUGGACUCUUCACCAGAUCACACUGCAGUUGUGACGUGAAGUUCCGAGAGUGUCUUCGACGCACCAAUUCAUUGGUGUCAGCUCAAAUUGGCCUCACCUACUUCAACGUGCUGGGUCCGCAAUGCUUCAGACGAUCACAUCCUAUAGUCAGAUGUCUUAGGAGAACCAGAAUAACCGGCCAAAAAUGCGAAGAAUAUGAGUUGGAUUAUACAAAGCCGAAGAUGUGGCAAUGGUUUGACAACGAAACGUUCUAACCAUAUAUGUAUUUAGUGAUAAUUAUGUAGAAGGACCACAGACAAUAAAGAUGGACAGAUAAAUCUUUACAUACCAUAAAGCAAAGUCGCCGUAGUUGUCUGUUU